AUGCCUUUGCCAGCGGCCACCAUUCCCCCAGAGGGAGGCCCGCCAGAGGAUUAUCCCGUCGACCAGACAUCAUGUCAGCUCCUCGGUCCAACCGCUCUGAUCGUCCAAGGCAUGAUGGGCAUCGUCGUGAUUGCCUCGCUGCUCUUCAAACGGCAGCGCGAGAAGCCGAAACGCCCAUGGCGUAUCUGGCUGUUUGAUGUAUCGAAACAGAUUGUCGGUCAAAUGUUCGUACACGGCGUCAACGUCUUCAUCUCAGACGUUGGUUCGCAUCGCUCUGCGGGCAACGCCUGCGUAUUCUAUUUUUUGAAUAUACUCUUGGACACAACCAUCGGCGUGGCUCUCAUCUACCUCGUCCUCCAUAUCGCCACCUGGGCCCUGGCCGAAAAGCUCAUGCUCAAAGGCUUCGAGUCCGGCCAAUACGGCUCCCCACCCUCCUUUAAAUUCUGGAUCCGUCAGGCAGCCGUCUACGUUUUUGCCCUCACCUCCAUGAAACUCCUCGUCGUCGCCCUCUUCGCGCUGUGGCCCGGGAUCUUCAAGCUCGGCGAGUGGCUCCUCAGCUGGCUCGGCAACGACGACGUGCUCCAGGUUAUAUUGUAUGCUCUUCCUCUGUGA